UCUACGGGAAUGGGGUCUUACAGAGUGCACUUUGUUUGUAUGCUAGCUUUUCAUAACGCGGCUCUCCUGACGUUAGUGUGAGUCAAGUACGCACAACAGGCAAAAUAAAAAAAACAAGUUCACCAUGCUCGGCUGUAACACUUGAUGCAGUCGCGAUAGCUUGCAGUCACUCUCAAGAUUCUUCUGACUGACUUGCUUCCUCUUGUAAACACCACGUGGCGAAAAUGGCGUCUGCCUGGUGCGGUGCACUCUGGGAGAAACUCAACCGGAAGAAGACACUUGAGAAAGAUCUGCUGCAGACUCCUCUUCACCGUUGUCUCAGCACCCAGCACCUGGCUCUCAUAGGCAUAGGGCAGAUGGUUGGGGCUGGAGUGUUCGUCCUCACUGGGACGGUGAUCAAGGACAAAGCAGGUCCGGGUGCCAUCUUGUCUUAUCUCUUUGCCGGCAUUGCGGCCUUGUUGUCUUCGCUUUGUUACGCUGAAUUUGGUGCUAGAGUUCCCAAAGCAGGGUCAGCCUAUGUGUAUACUUACAUCACGAUAGGAGAGUUCUGGGCGUUUCUCGUGGGUUGGAACAUUAUUUUAGAAUACAUAGUUGGAGCAGCGGCAAUAGCACGCGCUUUGAGCGGUUCCAUAGACGCGCUGGCAAAUAACACGAUGAGCAACACUCUUGAAGAACAUUUGAGUUUGCCGGGACAAUUCCUAAGUCAGUACCCAGAUUUUCUUUCAUUUGCCUUUGUAAUGUCUGUAGCAGUGAUUGUUGCGUUGGGCGCAAAACUUUCUGCUAACAUAACAAGCGUUUUCACUGUCAUCAACGUAACUGUCAUAGUGUCGGUGGCAAUCCUUGGAUUUAUUUAUGCGGAUCCCACAACCUGGGAUAGCGGGUUUCUCCCAUACGGCUUUCAGGGAGUUCUUGGAGGUGCAGCAUCCUGCUUUUUCGCAUUCAUCGGAUUCGACGGAAUUUCCAUCGCUGGUGAAGAAGCUGAAUCUCCGGGAAGGUCAAUCCCGGUUGCGACAAUUUCAGCGAUGAUUGUCACGACGGUGCUCUACAUAUUUGUGACAACUUCCGUCAGUUUUCUUGUUCCUUAUUAUGACAUUUCUGCCAGCGCCCCGUUCCCGGCAGCCUUUGCGGCGCGCGGUAUCCACUGGGCAAAAUACGUCGUCGGUGCCGCGACAGUUGUGGCAAUUUUUACGGCACUUUUAGGCAACAUGUACAUGCUCCCGAGGACGAUCUACGCCAUUGCAUCUGAUGGAUUAUUGUUUAGAAUAUUUGCCAAAGUAAAUGAUCGCACACAGACGCCCGUGAUCGCCAACUUUGUGUUCAGUCUCGUAGCUGCUCUGAUGGCCCUGUUACUUGACAUGGAGACGUUGGUUGACUUUCUGUCCAUCGGAACUCUGAUGGCCUAUACGAUGGUGGCGGCAUCUGUUAUCCUUCUCCGUUACCAGCCCAUCUCAGAGUGUCAGUUUGAGCUGCACCCAGAUCCUACAGAUAGCGCCACCGAUUCUGCAGGCAACAUGGCGGCAGCCGAAAAUGGCAGCAGUAGUGAGAGCAAACCAUUGCACCAUUCAUACAGCCAUGACGAUUUUGGCAAACUAAAGAAAUUAUUUCGCGCUCUUCCGGUGUUACGGCACUGCAGCCCCGGCACCGCAGUGGCUACGUCCACGAUUAUCAUGGCGGCGUUCAUGGCAGCGUUGUGUAGCUUGGCUUUAUACGCCACGGAGAGUAUAUUACGAGCAGAAUGGUGGACAAUAGUUUUACUUGUAGUACUUAUUUUGGGGACAGUCUUCUCAUUCUUGGUGAUCGUUGCACAUGUUCAGAAUACAGCGUUCAAGACGUUCCAGAUUCCACUGGUACCUCUGCUUCCUGCGACCAGCAUGUUUAUAAACAUCGCAAUGAUGCUGAAACUGACCUAUCUGACGUGGAUCCGACUGGCUAUAUGGAUUGCAGUAGGGCUUGUGGUGUACUUUGCGUAUGGAAUAAGAAACAGCGCAGAGAACCGCAGUCUUGCCUCCUAUAACGCUUUAACUUCGUACGGAGGGGACGGUCAGCAGGCACCUGUUCUCCGCGGUGAUGACGACGACGAUGAUGAUGAUGGCGGCGCGGAGGAGGGUGGCGAUGGAGACAAGUGGAAAAAAUCUCAGGAGGAAAAACCCGAGUUCGAGUGAGGAAUCAGGUUUCUGUCCACGAGAUGUUCGUUCAUUGCUUGUUGUAGGGUUCUUGCUGUUUGAAAUGGCGUCAAGCUUGUUGCGACGAUCCACGCCGGUAGCCAUAGAGGAUAGAAAUCCGGGGAGACCUACGUAUAGAGGAGCUUGUAGGUGAAUGCGUAUUGUAAUGUUAAGUGUAGGCCAAAUUACGUAUAACUAAGUGUGCAAUAGUUUGUGCUCCGAAUCCGCUAAUUUAUUGUCAUUUAUCGUCAAUGAGAAGCAAGAAGUAGCCGAGUCAUAAUGUCUGAGAGAGAGAGAGAGAGA